AAAGGAAAUGUAAAUCAAAAUUGGAAUCGCAAUCCGAAAAAUACACAAGUUUCUUUCUUUCUCUACUGGGGAACGCGAAAAAAAAAAGCAAAUUUCUUGCAAUUGAAGGUCAGUUUUUGGGGAAAAGGGAAAAAUUGAAGAAAACCCUAAAGGACAACUACUCUCUCUCUUUUUAAUGGGUCGCGAAUCUGUGGCUGUGGUGACUCCGCCUCCCCCCGGUACUGCUCCGCGUACUGCUUCCGUGGCUACCUCACUUGCUCCUGGCUUCCGAUUUCAUCCCACUGAUGAAGAACUCGUCAGUUAUUACUUGAAGCGGAAGGUUCUGGGCAAACCUGUACGCUUCGAUGCGAUUGGAGAGGUCGAUAUCUACAAGCAUGAGCCUUGGGAUUUAGCAGUGUAUUCGAGGUUGAAGACAAGGGACCAAGAAUGGUACUUCUACAGCGCGUUAGAUAAGAAGUAUGGGAACGGCGCUAGAAUGAAUCGAGCAACUUACAAAGGAUACUGGAAAGCAACUGGGAAAGACAGAGAAAUCCGCCGUGAUAUUCAGCUGCUUGGUAUGAAAAAGACGCUUGUUUUCCACAGUGGGCGUGCUCCAGACGGUCUUAGGACUAAUUGGGUUAUGCAUGAGUAUCGCCUUGUGGAAUAUGAAACCGAGAAUAACGGAAACCUGGUGCAAGAUGCAUAUGUGUUGUGCAGAGUCUUCCACAAGAAUAACAUUGGGCCACCUAAUGGGAACAGAUAUGCACCGUUUAUGGAAGAGGAAUGGGCUGAUGAUGGAGCAGCUCUGAUUCCAGGAGUAGACGUUAGGCUCAGGGUAGAGCCAUCGCCAGUAGCCAAUGGAAACAACCAGAUGGAUCAGGAGAUCCAGUCAGCCAGCAAGAGUCUCAUUAACAUCAAUGAGCCACCGAGAGAGACGGCUCCAAUGGAUAUUGAACCUCCUAACCAACAGAAUCAUCAUGAGAGUGACAUCAAGCCGCAGGAGCAUAACAACAAUAAUAAUUGUGAUGAAGCUGAGGAAACACUCAAACGCGAGCACACAGAAGAAGAUGAGCGUCCUCGUCCUCCAGUAUGCAUGCUCAACAAAGAAGCUCCACUACCUCUCCUCCAAUACAAACGUAGACGCCAGAACGAGUCGAACAACAACUCAAGCAGGAACACACAGGACCAUUGUUCGUCCACAACAACAACCGUCGACAAUACAACCACCUUAAUCUCAUCAUCAGCUGCUGCCACCAACACUGCCAUCUCUGCAUUGCUUGAGUUCUCACUCAUGGGCAUCUCCGACAAGAAAGAAAACCAGCAGCAACCACUGCGUCCUCACAAGGAAGCUUCUCUUCAGACUCCAGUUGCAUCUUCCGAAGAGAAGGUUAAUGAUCUCGAGAAGGAGGUUCACCAGAUGUCUGUUGAAAGAGAAACUUUCAAGCUUGAGAUGAUGAGUGCAGAAGCAAUGAUCAGUAUUCUCCAGUCAAGGAUCGAUGCGCUGCGUCAGGAGAACGAGGAACUUAAGAAGAACCAUGCCAAGGAGAACGAGGAACUUAAGAAGAACCAUGCCAAUGGCCAAUAAAUGCGCUGAAAGAUCAUCCCCUCCAGGUUUUCUUCUUCUGCUUGUUGCCUAUGUUAGCUUUAAUCUUCCAUCCCUAAUAUAUUAUGAGUCAUCUCUCAUCUAUGUAACUUCUCUAGACGACGGAUUGCUGAACUGCGUGCGUGAAUCUCUCUGUUGUAACAUAGGAUACAACGCAUCCGAGCACCUGACCCGAAUGUGUUUUAUCCUUCUUCUUUUUUUAUUUAGUUUGGAUGUUGCUGCAUCUUUUGAAAACAAUUUUAGGUUGCUCCUCCCUUGUCAUAUAUGAUCAUCUAUCUAGGUUUUUUAUUCAGACAAAAAAAUCUAUCUCUCAAGAAUGUGUUCUGUC